AUGCUAAAGCUUCUGAUCUCCGUCUCAUGCCUGUUCGCCGCUACGCAGGCUGCCUGCAGCUACAGUGGCCCGAAAUGCAAAGAUUUCAUCAACACCACCCUCGCAAAACUGACCACCUCCUUCUCGGUCAACGAUGACAUCGUGUGUACGAUCGCCAACGACCUCGGCAAGGCUGUCGCUUCCGGGAUCACGUUCGAGCAGUGCACAAGUAGCCUCGCCGCCAACGGCGGCUCUUACAAGAGCAAGCUGGUCAUGCAGAAGGCAAGCAUGGCGGGGCUUCUCAUGCAGUUCCAAGGCUGCCUGACUGAAUGCGGUGACGCCGACGUCAUGGACUUCCUGCCCUGCACCGUACUCGAGGCAAUGAACAACAAGCUGGCCAAGCCAUACAAGCAGAAGAUCCAACCAAAAAUGGCCGAGAUGAAAGCCGCCGGAAAAUCGGAAGCCCAGCGAAUGGAGGCCUCUUGCGCUUUGGGAAAAGCCAUGGCCACACCGGCCCUGAUUUCCGAGGUCACCGGGAAAACCAUGUCGCUGACGUGGAAAGACACUUGGACGAAGUGCAUUGUCAACAUCGUGAUGAAGCAGAAUGUGAUGACCCUCGGCAAAUUCAUCAAGCCCGCAUUCAAAUGCAAGCAGAGCAAGCCGUCUGGC